CGCUGACACCGGCAGAUUUGAAAAGUGCUUCUGAGCUCCGAGACAGUGAGCAGCUAGUUUGUGCUAAGAGUGGGCAGGUCCCACGAUGCUGCCGGGAGCAGAAAAUGCCGAACUGCGGUGCUGUUGCGCCGUGGAGCAGCUGAACCCCGCGGGGCAGGCCACCAAGCGGCAGGUCAUCCGCAGGGCGGGGGUCACUCUGGGGCGCAACGAGUUCCAGGAGCUGGUCCUGCGCGUGGACGACGGCCGGGCCCCCCAGAGCUUCCUGCUGCGGGAGAUCCAGCUCUUCACCCGCUUCGCCCGGGACGGCAAGAGCACCGUCCGGCUGGUCCCGGACAACUUACAGGUCCUGCUCUCCGACUGCCCCCCGGACCAGCUGCGCGCCUUCCUCAAGACCCUGAGCAUCAAGCACCAGGCCUGGCAGCAGGCCGGCAAGCCCCUGGGGGUCCGCGCCAAGCUGCUGGCCGGCUUGCCCCGCAGUUUUGAGACCAUCAGCCCCGUGCAGCUGAAGGACGUCCAGCAGGCCAGCAGGCUGCGGGAGCAGGCCGCCGCCCGGCCGGCGGCCAGGGAGCUGGGGCACAGGUCGGGCAACGGGGCCGGCUCCUUGCAGGUGAAGCGCAGGAGGCCCGAGUCGACAGACGGCAGCCCGGUGAGAGCCCUCCAUCCAGCCAAGAAGCCGAUCCUGACCCUGCCUGUCGGGAGGAAGCUGUCCAAGGAGCAGUCGCUGGUUCUCAGCGCUGUCCUCAGCGGGAAAAACGUCUUCUUCACAGGCAGUGCAGGUACAGGAAAAUCCUUCUUGUUGAAGAGGAUUCUGGGAUCCUUGCCCCCCAAAAGCACCUAUGCCACGGCGAGCACUGGCGUGGCCGCCUGCCACAUCGGCGGAACCACUCUCCACGCCUUCGCAGGGAUCGGCUCCGGGUCCGCCCCGCUGGAGCAGUGCCUGGAGCUGGCCCAGCGGCCGGGGGUCCUGCAGCACUGGACCAGCUGUCGCCAUCUCAUCAUCGACGAGGUCUCCAUGGUGGAAGGGGAGCUCUUCGACAAGCUGGAGGCCAUAGCCAGGUCCAUCCGGAGGUCACCAGAGCCCUUUGGAGGGAUCCAGCUGAUCGCGUGUGGAGACUUCCUGCAGCUUCCUCCUGUCACCAAAGGCAAGGUGAAGCCCAAGUUCUGCUUCCAGGCAAGAAGCUGGAGGAAGUGUUUCCACCUGAACAUGGAGCUGACUGAAGUGCGGAGACAGACGGACAAGACUUUCAUCUCUUUGCUGCAGGCUGUGAGAGUUGGCAAGGUGACCGAGGAAGUCACAGCCCAGUUGAUGAACACUGCCUACCACCGUAUCGAAAGGGAUGGUAUCCUAGCAACUAGGCUAUGCACACACAAAGAUGAUGUAGAACUGACCAAUGAGACAAAACUCCAGCAGUUACCAGGAGCGGUGAGAACCUUUGAGUCCGCGGACAGCGACCCCCAGCUGGCGACGCUGAUCGACGCCCAGAGCCCCGUGGGGCGCGUGCUGCAGCUCAAAGUGGGGGCGCAGGUGAUGCUGACGAAGAAUCUGGACGUGCAGCGAGGCCUGGUGAACGGGGCGCGGGGAGUGGUGCUGGGGUUUGAGCCUGGGAGCAAAGGUCUGCCCCGCGUGCGUUUCCUGUGUGGGGUGACCGAGGUGAUGAAGCAGGAGCGCUGGAUGUUCAAGGCAGGAGGUGGGGUGUACCUGAGCCGUCAUCAGCUGCCCCUGAAGCUGGCCUGGGCCAUAUCCAUCCACAAGAGCCAGGGGAUGACUCUGGACUGCGUGGAGAUCUCUCUGUCCCGGGUGUUCGAGAGCGGCCAGGCGUACGUGGCCCUGUCCCGCGCGCGCAGCCUGGAGGGGCUCCGGGUCAUGGACUUCGACCCCCGCGUGGUCUGGGCCGACGCCCACGUGCUGCAGUUCUACAGCCGGCUGAGGAAGGAGCGCCUGCUCGCGCAGGCCUCGAUGGAUGAGUAUCUGAGCAGCGAGAACAAGGAGAAUCGAUGACGACAACCACGGCUGUCCUGCACUUUGUACGCCACUCCUGUUCCAGGAGCUUGCAAGCCCCGAUCCUGGAGAGUCGCCAUCUCGCAGUACAGUACAGGCAGCCUUAAAAGAACACUGAGCAGAGAUCUGGCACACGUGGUAAAUUCAAAUGAAGCACUUGGGAGAACAGUUAGGUCUCUGAGCUCAGAAGGAAUGAGGACAAGAGGAUAGGGUGGCUAUCCUGGACCGGAGUUGGAGACCCAUGUCCGACACUGAUGAACAAUAUCUUUGCAUUGUGUAUACUGUAUAUAUAUAUACUGUAUAUAUUUUUCACUUUUCUAUGCCUUUUUAUAUCCAUGUUUCAGUGUAGGCAAUUCUGCUUUUCCUUGUAAGUAUUUAUAGUAGGGAUGCUCAGCUUGCUACCUAUCCAUUACAGAUCUUGGUCACAAUCAGCUCCUUCAGUUGGUUGUUGGCAUGACUGACAUGCCAAUUAAAGAGCUGGUUGCAUGAAAGUGCUGACAUGAACUGGAUUGAAGAGGUCUGGACAUGAAUAUCCAUUAUUUAUCGGUAUUGAUCAGUGUCGUGACAUAUUUUAAAUGGUGGAAAAGGCAUCCAUUUCCAGUCACUGUACAUGGUUGUCCCAAGAUGAGGACCUAUGGUCUUUCUGUCUAUUGUAAUUAAACAAAGUGUAAACGAGGAAGUCUUGUGAAAAAUGGUAUUCUACGGUGGUGCAGAAUAUCCCAGGGUGUACCCUGCCUCGUGCCCAUUGCUUGCUGGGAUAGGCUCCAGCUCCCCCACAACCCUGUACUGGAUGAAGUGGUUAGAAAGUGGAUGGAUGGAAACUGUCUUGACUUGAGGUUCUGCAUUAUUUGUUGUCGAAUAUUUAAAUUCUGGAAACUUUCUUUCUAUGAAAGAUUUAGAAUGAGUGUGACAGUUCAAUUGUACAUUGAAUGAAGAUAUCCAACACAACCUGACGGUUUAACUUGGAUACCAGACUAUGUGGAAUAAACAUGCUAAUAAACUGAAUAUUUUAACCCAU